AUGUGUGGUUUGCGGACAUUCUUAGAACUCUCAGAGUUCAAGAACGGUUUGCAUCUCUACUUCAUGAGUGAUUUCUUGAUAUACCGGUCUCAUGACAGUGUAAGCUUCCAUCAUCUCAUCACCUUACCUCCUGGUGAUUACAUAACAACCUGUGCUAGUAGUAUAAACCAUCAUACCACAGUCUUCCUCUCCCAGUCUAAUAACAUCUACAUUGCUAAGACAGGUAUUCCUGAUCGUAUCAUCAAGGCAACAAGGAGUAUUGAUGUUCAUCAGCCAUGUAUCCUGUUCAUUGAUCAUCUUGGUGAUGUCUAUACUGGUGGUAUUCAUCAGCUCCAAACAUUGGUUCAAUCUAUUGAUAUCAACACACAUAUCAAGGAGGCAUCUCACAUCGUUCAAGCUCCUAUCACCAUCCAGCAUAUCACAGCUACUAGGUUUAUGCUAUGGCAAGAUGGUAACCAUGGUAACCAAACAGAUACCGAGGAUGAGGGAAAGAAUGUUCUUAACAAGACUGCUGUAGGACAGGAGAUAGUUGGAAGCGGUAUGCGCCUAUUAAUAACUAACAUGAGGUCAUUGUCAGACGGGACUCUGGUUGCUAUGGCAACAUCUCAAGAACCUAGUCUCCAUGCCAACAUGAGAACACCUGAUAUAGCCGAGAAUGUCAUUGACCUACUUCUGAAGGAGUCACCAUGUCAGCAUGUCAUGACCCCUCAUUCUAGUGUUGCUAAGCAACCAACCAGAUACAUGGAUGUUGGAGAUGCUUUUACCUUCCAGGUCUCUGCAAGUUACGUUGGACAGAUUUGGCAGUCUGAUAAAGCUAUGCUAUCAGUACGGGUGAUCAAUCCAGCUCUAAUACAUGUCCAGACGCGACGUUCAUAUAAUAGAUAUGGAAUGGAAACUGCUUUCAUCACAGUUCGACACAGAGUAUACAAUAAAGGUGUAUCAUCUAUCUUGAUAAGUAUUCCAUCGGCAUCUCUUCGCUGUGAUUCAGUCUCCUUCACUUUCACCAUGCAUUGUACGUGUCCACCUACUAAGAGACUACAUUUCAUCUAUGAUCCACCGGUCACAUCUCAAGAAUUUCUUUAUGGUUCACCGAAGAACAGAAAGAACCAGUCGCUUCUAUCUACUCUAGAUGUAAACUAUAGGCCACCAUCUAGACUGGGUAUCUCGGUUCCACUCACCAAUAAUAUCUACAAUGCUGAUCCAAGUCAACCUAGACUUAACGACCAUUAUGAAGUAUCAAAGGGAAGUGGUUAUUACAAGCAGUGUGCGGGUAAGCAGUCUCGAGAGGAUUGUCAUUGUACUGAUGAGAUGAGAUUGUCAUCGUUAGAACUCUUUACAGACUGCAGAGAAAAGGUUUAUCGUAUCACAUACACUGAGAAUCUGUACCCACAUCUAGUGAUUGGUGAGAGGGGUAAAGAUGAUGAGGUCUUAGCUGCACCUUACAUUCUUACCAUCAAGGAAGUGAAUGACAGGGAAGACUUUGUCAUUGAAGCUGCGGAUGUAGUAUACAUGUCUGAGAUUGGGAAGGUUGUAGAAAUCCCUGUCAACCAACUUCACAGUCCUAAUCAACUUGUUAUCAAAUUCCGGGCUACACAACUGUACCACUUCAGACUGACAGUCAUUGACGGUUUCUCAUACUGCAAACUGGAAGAUGAGGUUCAGGUGUUUGUAGACAGAGCUCCUCUCCCUGGUCUGUCUCAGAUGAUUAUCUUUGCUACAGUCAGUCUUCUUAUGGGAGGAGUAGUCUUUGCCAUCUACCUUAACUACGUCAGGAAGUCUCAGCUUCACCGCACUCGAUCCAAUAUGGCGCUAUUUCAAUAGAACUAUACCAAAAAACAUCAAUCGUAGAAUUACCAGAAGAAUUGACAAUUCAAGCCUUUAUAGUUCCUUGAAUUAAACGAUUGGAUUGACAUUUUAAGAAGCAUUUAAAUGUCUAAUGUGUACCAAGUCGAUUUACAUUCAUUAUAAUUAUUAAAUGUAACAUUUGAUAAUGUGACUGUAAGUGUAUGUCCAUGCCACACACAUUUUGAUUGUUUAUGUAAAGGUCUAUUGUGUUGUAUUAUUCAUUUAUAUUUAGACUCUGCAUGGUAACUACAAUCAAUUACAUUAAAUAAAAUUGUAGUUAAUCAAUAUCACACUGAUAAUUUUUUUUGUUAGGAUGCAUUUUUUGCCCGAGGUAUUAACUUCAUACUUUAAGUGACAGUGUGUAUCACCAUAGGAAGACUAUCUGAUUAUAUUUUGGAGUAUGUAGAUCAAAGAUCAUAGUCGUUAACAUGUAAUUAUAGGCUUUUUGUUUUCAUCAUUAUAUUUCAAGAAUAUUUCCAUCCAUUUCCUUAAGGCGAAGGAAUAUAGGAAACCCAGUCACACUUGUCUUUUUU